AUGUCCGGCGAGGUGUCGGUCGCUAGUAAUUUUGUUGGAUUAUCUGGUCAAAUGAAAUUUGAGCCAGAUCGGUCUCUCGUUCAUCCUGCCUAUGGCGUCCUUAAUGUGGUUGGAACUGGCCUUAGGAGGAUUGGUUACUGGUCCAACUAUUCGGGUUUGUCAAUCGUAUCUCCCGAGAUAUUCUACAUAGAACUUGUCAACCUAAUCAGAAUUGGUUACUUUGAUGGUGCCAUCGAUGACAUUGCUAUUGUCACAAAUUGGACAAGGGUUGUAGAUUUUACGCAACCAUAUGCAGCAUCGGGACUUGUUAUGGUGGCCCCGUUCACAAAAAUUAAUCCAGGUGGUGGGAACGAGCUAUGGAGGCAUGAUGGCUUACAAUUUGGCCAAGAUGUUGGGGGAAGAGAGUGGUCCCCAAUUUUGGCAGUAUCGCUUGUUUCUAUGCUCCUUUAUGUUUGGAGUAGAGAAUUUUUGAAGCCCAAAUCAACGUAUAUGGGCCUAUUGCUCUUAAGGCCUUCUAUCUUCCAUGGGCAAUGCUUGCUUUGGAUGUCAUUUAUGGCUCGCCUCUUAUUCUUGACCUCUAAGGUAUCAGGACAUAUGUACUACUUCUUAACAGUGUUGCAUCCAUUAGAAGGUGGAAAGAACAUUUUGAAGACUCCAAUGUGGGUGCGUAAAUUGGUUAGAAGGUGA